GCCGCCCCAGCGCGCAUGCGCGGAGCCCCGCGCGGCGCAGGCGCGUCCCGGCCGCGGCGGGCGCUGAGGCUCGGUCGGUGCCGCCGCCCCGCCCGGGUGUCCCCGGCGGGCACCGCCCGGCGCCCCGCGAUGUCGAGCGGCUGCGCCGCGGCGGCGGAGCAGGAGGAGGCGGAGGAGGGAGGCCGGGAGCCGCGCUGCGUGUCGGCGCGGUGCUCCUGGCCCUGCGCGCCGCCGGGCGGCCUGGCCCGGGCGCUGUGCCUGCGGCGGGGUGCAGGGGACGGCGAGCCCGGCAGCGAGGCCGUGCUGGUGGAGCGGCGGGCGGGCGGCGAGGAGCCCUGCGAGCUGCGGCUGCAGUGCCGGCCCGGCUCCGAGAUGGUGUCGGUGGGGAUCGUGAGCCAGGCCCGGAACAUGGAGGUGUACGUGGGCGAGGAGUACUGCGGCACCGGCCGGGGGCAGAGCCGCGGCACCCGCCCGGCCCCGGGUGAAACUGAAGAGGUUACUUUAUACCACAAGCACCUUAAGUUUGAAUGCCCUGCAGCAUCCUGUAGAAUUAAGCUGCUCUCCUUUGGUGAGAAACACAGAGUACUCAUCAGUAGAAUAAUUCUAGAAGUGAAAGCAGUGUCUGCAAAACUAGCAACUGAUUUUCCUUCACUAGGCUCAAGCAUAGAUCUAGACAGAGUGCAAACUAUAAUGGAGUCCAUGGGGUCUAAGCUGUCUCCAGGUGCUCAGCAGCUCAUGGACAUGGUGCGGUGCCAGCAGAAGAACAGUUUCCCUCUUGGAGACAAACUCAGUUGGAUCUUGGGGAGAAGUCCUGACUUUGGAGGUGACAGCGUGGUGGAUGGACUGCACAGUGCAGCUCUUCAGGCAACACUGAGCCCCUCAGCCAGUGAACCUCUGCCUGUGAAAAAUCAUGUAACAACUGAAGCAGUGUAUAAAGCCCUAAAAACAACUCGGGAUCUGAACUCAGAGGUACCUGAAAGAGGGAAUACUUUGGAUUCUGAAAGACUUCCUACCCAGCAAAUUGCAGCUGACCUCAGGAAUGAUUUGAAAGUCGUGGGAUCUUUGCAAGCACAGCAGCAAGCAGGUGAAACUCCAAACGUGGCCAACCCACAGGUGCUUCUUCCUUUUCUUCAAAACUUGUGCACUCAGGUGAAUCACCUGCGGCUCAAGGAUGGAGAGAGGCACCUCGGGAGGAGUGCAGGGGCUAAAGAGGAAGGUGUUCAGAGUGCUGGAGUGGAACAACAGCCUAUUUGCUCCUACUUGGAAAAGAUUAUUUCAAAAAACCUGGAUCUGAUGGAGAAGAAACUAAUGGACUACAUUGACUGCCAAAUCCAGGCUCUUCAGACACACAUAGACAAUAAAAUGUUUCUCUUGAUGGACUUGGUUCAGAACUCAAAACCAAACAAAAUUUCCCAAGCACACUAUGAUUCUAACGAGGGGUUUUCUAAUGGAGAGAGGUAGAGGGAUUCAAAGGUGGGGUUUCAAUAAGAAUAAUUACACUUUACAAAGCUUAGUAUUUAUGCAGUUAAAACUGUAAAGAACCUCAGCGUUGUUAACUUGCAUUUUGUUACUGUAAUUCUAUCCACUGUUGUACACACUUGUUAGUUUUAUGAAAGAUCUUAAGGACAUAUGUUUUUUCCUAAAUAUAAGAGUUUUGUAUGCCCUUUGUGGCUUAUUUAUUUAAGGAGCGUUGCUAGAAGCUGUAUGAACAGUUCCCCAGUUUCCAGUACUCUGAAUAAACUGAGUUACUGCUGAUCUUUUUACCUACAUGUAA